AUGGAGAGCCUCUGUUUCCGGCCGCCGACGGCCCUGCUGGGUAUGUCAACGCCGCCGGUUCCCGCCGUGGGCAUCGAUGUCCGCGCUCCCCACCACUACCACCCGGCGGCGCAUGUCGCCGCCGCGGGGAGAAAUGCGGCCGCCGGAACGGCGGUGGAGACGUCAACGGGCACCGGUACCUCGCGGCAGUCUUACAUGUUCCUCCAUCCCUUGAGGAGGCUGUGGCCGGUAGGAGGUGGCAGCGGGAGAGCAGACGAGAGGCAGAACGGCGCGUUUUCAGCGCUGGACGAGGAGGGAGCGGACGGGGAAGGAGAGCCCGGUGAGGGAGAAGAGGAUACGGUGGUGGCGGCGGCGCAGGAGAGGGAGAACUGGGUCAUGAAGAUACUCCGCGUGCGGUCGAUCCUGCCGGCGGAGGAUAGAAAACCGAGAGGAAGAAUCGCCGGCGACGGGCUCUCAGAGGGUGAAGGGAACUGGGCGGAUGGUGAUGAGAUGCUGGAUGCGGGAGAUCGCUGCGUGGGCUGCUACGACGCGGAAGGAUCAGAGGGCUGUUUCGUCGGCGAGGAGGAAGAGGCCGAGGUGACGUUCGACAGGGAGUCGUUUUCCAGGCUUCUCCGGAGGGUCUCUCUGCCGGAGAUCCGCCUGUUCUCGCUGUUGUCAUACCUCGGCAGCCUCGCCUACAACAUCCCCAAUCUCAAGGUGCGCGUUCAUCCUGCAGAGAUUUUUUGUUUCUCGAUCCUCUGUAGCCUUUUUACACUUUCUGAUGGAACUCAUUGUCCUCCCCAGCCCGCAAAUCUUCUUAAAUACCACGGAAUGCGGUUCAUCGCGUCGUCGAUGGAACAUAGAUCGAAAUUCCCCAAUGGGGAAAAAAAGAUGAAUCCGGCUGCUCACGGCGGAGCUCCGGAGGCGCCGCAGGCAGAGAAUGCAGAGAAGGGCGAGAAGCGCGAGCAGAAGAACGGCUCUCUGAUAAGAGCGGCGUCUGCGUAUCAGAUCGCAGCUUCAGCCGCGUCGUAUCUUCAAUCCCAGACAUGGAGCAUUCUGCCAUUUGGGUCUUCGAGGUCGGAGGCGGCGAGAAGAUUGGAUACAGCAAAUUCCGAGCUGACCUCUUUCAUGGCCACCACCGACUCCGUCACCGCGGUUGUAGCUGCGAAGGAAGAGACGAAGCAAGCCGUCGCCGAGGACUUGAAUUCAGCAAAGUCUUCACCUUGCGAGUGGUUCAUAUGUGACGACGACAACAGCAGGACGAGAUUCUUUGUCAUCCAGGUUCGUGUAGUUUUUCCCAUGAUCGUGGAUUCUCGUCUCUCAGUCAAUAUCGCGAGCCCAUUAAAGACGCAUGAGAUCUCGCUCCUGCAGGGCUCUGAAUCUUUGGCUUCCUGGCAAGCAAAUCUCCUUUUCGAGCCGAUUCAAUUCGAGGUGAGCCUCGCGUCUUUCUCGGCUGAUCUCCGUCGGAAUCCAUUCUCUUUGCGUUGAACAGCGCUUCAACGAGAGCCCUCUUCUGCAACUCCGUGCAGGGAUUGGAUGUGCUGGUCCACAGAGGCAUCUAUGAAGCAGCGAAGGGGAUCUACCGACAGAUGCUGCCGUACGUCCGAGAUCACCUUAAGUCCCGCGGCGGCGGCGCCGCCUUCCGCUUCACCGGGCACUCCCUGGGGGGCAGCCUUUCGCUGCUCGUGAACCUCAUGCUGUUGAUCAGAGGGGAGGUUCCGGCCUCAUCUCUUCUUCCCGUCGUGACAUUCGGCGCGCCGUCCAUAAUGUGCGGGGGAGACCAUCUGCUCAAGAAACUGGGCCUGCCAAGGAGCCAUGUCCAAUCUGUAACCAUGCACAGGGACAUCGUGCCGCGGGCAUUCUCCUGCAACUACCCAGAUCACGUCGCUGAGAUCCUCAAAGCCCUCAACGGCAACUUCCGCAAGCACCCUUGUCUCAAGCACCAGGUGGGUACCUCGGAUUUUACCUUGGAUUUCAUUAAUAAUCGGGAAAGAUUCGAAAUUUGACGAGAAAAACUCCUGCCAUUUUGCGUGCUGUUCUCCCUCAAGAAACUACUGUACGCGCCCAUGGGGGAGCUGCUGAUUCUCCAGCCAGAGGAGAAGUUCUCUCCUCACCACGACCUUCUCCCCUCCGGCACCGGCCUCUAUGUCCUCGGAGCCCACAGAUCUUCCAACUCCGACGACUCGGGGAGGCUGCUGCGGGCCGCCCAGUCCGUGUUCCUCAACUCUCCCCACCCCCUGGAGAUCCUCAGCGACCGGGCGGCGUACGGCGCGGAGGGCACCGUGUACAGGGACCACGACGUCAACGCCUACUUGCGGUCCGUUCGCGGCGUAAUCCACCGCGAGUUAAGGCAAAUCAGGAAGGCCAAGAGGGAGCAGCGCCGCCAGCUGUGGUGGCCUCUGGUCGCCGCUCAGAGGGUCAACGACGCCAGCGGGCAGCUGGCGAGGAGGAGAGUAAACUCUGGCCAUCGCCAAGUCAGCUUCCCAGGGAUGCUUCAGAGCGGGAGCGAGUCUCUGGGGCGUCUCGGGAAGCUGGCAGUCUCUCGACACGUGCAGGUGCUCUUGGUGCUGCUCCUGCCCGCAAAGCUGCUGAUACUCGGGGCCUUGAGCAUCGUCCCCCUUGGCUAA